AUGUUCCAGGAUCUCAGAGAAUCCAACAGCUCUACAUUUCAAGUCUCUGAGUUCAUUCUCAUGGGAUUUCCAGGCAUUCACAGCUGGCAGCACUGGCUUUCCUUGCCCUUGGCUCUACUUUACCUCUUGGCUCUAACUGCCAAUAUCCUCAUCGUGAUUACUGUCAGACAAGAGGCAUCCCUGCACCAGCCUAUGUACCAAUUUCUGGGCAUCCUGGCUGUGGUAGACAUGGGUCUGGCUACCACCAUCAUGCCAAAGAUUUUGGCCAUCUUAUGGUUCAAUGCUAAGGCCAUCCAUCGUUCAGAGUGCUUUGCUCAGAUGUAUGCCAUUCAUUGUCUUGUGGCCAUGGAAUCAGGCAUUUUUGUCUGCAUGGCUAUAGAUAGAUAUGUGGCCAUUUGUCAACCACUGAGAUAUCCAUCGAUAAUUACUGAAGCUUUUGUGAUCAAAGUGACUGUAUUCAUGGCACUCAGAAACUGCCUGGCUCCCAUCGCAGUACCUGUACUUGCUGCUCAAAGAAAUUACUGCUCUAGGAACCAGAUAGAGCACUGUCUUUGCUCUAACCUUGGAGUCACUAGCCUAUCUUGUGAUGACAGGAAAGUCAACAGUAUCAACCAACUAGUUCUGGGUUGGACACUCAUGGGAGGUGAUCUUGGUUUGAUUGUUUUAUCUUAUGCUUUGAUCCUUCAGUCUGUCUUGAAGCUCAGCUCAGUAGAAGCUGCAUCCAAGGCCUUAAACACCUGCACAUCCCAUCUUAUUUUAAUCCUUUUUUUCUACACAGCUGUCAUUGUCAUCUCCAUCACUCACAGUGCAGGCAUGAGAGUUCCCCUCAUCCCUGUUCUACUCAAUGUGCUGCAUAACGUCAUUCCCCCUGCUCUCAAUCCCAUGGUGUAUGCUCUCAAGAACAAGGAGCUCAGGCAGGCCUUAUACAAGGUGUUUAACCUGGACACUAAGGGCAGAAGAUAA